AUGCGCAGAGGGUCUAGUACCCGCGAGUUUGCGCCGGGGCGAUGGCUCCCGCAUCUGCUCACCAUCGGGCUGCUGGCCCUGGUAGCCGGUGUGAGGGCGCACGUCUACAACGAGACGCUAGACCCCUGGAACCUCAACAAAAAUCAAGAUGCGACGGACUGCAUCGACUACACGACGCAUAAGCGACAAAACUACACACCAUCACCCGAGAACUGGAGAGCGCUCCCGACGUACACCAUGCUCGCGGACAAGUGGAUCGACGGAGAUCCGACGAACAACGACUUCUUCGGUCUCAUCUACGAGUAUGACUGGCGCGAGACGCAGCUCCGAUCAGGAGGCGACGUCGCGGGUCUGCGCGACCCCCGUGGUCUCGACUACAUCCAGAGCAUGGGCUACCGGUCUAUCUAUAUUGCUGGUACGCCGUUCGUGAACAUGCCGUGGCAGGCCGACGGAUAUUCGGCCAUCGACUUUGGUCUCCUCGACCCGCAUUUCGGAACGAUGGAGGAAUGGGCCGCCUGGAUCGAUGAGGUGCAUGCCCGCGGGAUGUAUGUCAUCUUUGACUUUACCGUCGGUACCAUGGCUGACAGCAGACAUCUCAACUCGUCCACGCCGUUCAACACGAACGAGUACGAAGUGCAGUGGAAGCUGCCGGACUAUGGACCGUGGGGUAUCAACAAGUACCCCGACUUCAACUUUACCAACGACUACAACGAGUCAUGCCAGUACCCCACGUUCUGGGACGAGUCGGGUGUCAUUCUGGACAUGGGCAUGGAAGGCUGCUACGCCAGUACGUUUGACCACUACGGAGACGUCGAGGCGUUCGGUGUCUUCCCCGACUGGAUGCGUCAGCUCGCCAAGUUCGCCUCGGUGCAGGACCGUCUGCGCGAAUGGCGCCCCGACGUGAUGGACCGCCUCACCGUGUUCUCGUGCAUGUGUAUCGAGGCGCUCGACAUUGACGGUAUCCGUAUCGACAAGGCCAUCCAGGUCACGGUCGACGGUCUCGCCAAGUGGUCGCACGCUACCCGCGAGUGCGCCGACAAGCUGGGCAAGAAGAACUUCUUCAUUCCGGGAGAAAUCACGGGUGGAGACACGUUCGGUUCCAUCUACAUUGGCCGUGGACGUACCCCGCAGAUGCGCACGACGACCGAGGAGUCGCUCAACCUCACCCACGAUGACAUGUCCAAGUUUAUCCGCGACCGCUACGACGCCCCCGUCGACGCCGCGGCGUUCCACUACUCGCUCUACCGUGCGAUUCUUCGUUGGCUCGGCAUGGACGGAAUGCUGUCUGCCGGUUUCGAUCUCGAGGUCAACUUUGUGAACAUGUGGAACACCAUGCUCAUCAACAACGACUUCCUCAACCAGAUGACUGGCGACUUUGACCCGCGUCACAUGUGGGGUGUCACCAACCAGGACGUGUUCCGUUGGCCAAUGAUGGCCCAGGGUGUCGAGCGUCAGCUCGUCGGUUCCUUUGUCACGCAUCUCCUGAUGCCCGGCAUGCCCAAGGCGUGGUACGGCGAGGAGCAGGAGUUUUACAUUCUCGACAGCAGUGCCUCGAACUAUCUGUAUGCCCGUCAGGCCAUGGUCGCUACUGGCGCCUGGAAGCGACACGGGUGCUACCGUCUUGGUGCUGAUCAGUAUUUCAACCUGCCCUACGACCGCGCGCUCAUGGGAUGUCUCGACGACAAGGUCGCCCUCGACCACUUUGACCCGACGGCGCCCAUCCGUCGCACGUUCCGAAACAUGAACUACAUCCGUCGCAUGUUCCCCGGUGUCCAAGACGGUUUCAUGCUGUCCCGCCUCAGCAACCACACCGAGAUGGUCCAGUACCCCGGAUCGGGCGAUGUCCAGACCGAAACCGGCAUGUGGUCGUCUGUCCGUGGGCCCUCGCCGAAGCAGAUGGGUUCCGGCGGUAUCUGGAACAGCGACGGUGACCUGACCCAGAACGUCUGGUUAAUCUACACCAACCUCAACGUCUCCAAGACAUGGGAGGUGAACUGCCGCGACAACCCCAUCGUCGGUCCUUACAACUCUGGAACCACUGUCAAGAACCUGCUCUACCCCUAUGACGAGAAGACGCUCGAGGACGUCAACACCAACGAGGCUAACCGUGGCUGUAUCUCGAAGCUCGAGCUCGAGCCUUUCGACUUCAAGGCCUACGUUCCCGUCUCGCGUUGGAUCAACAUGCUCCCGUCCAUUUCCGGCUUCAAGCCCGGCCACGAUGCCCGCGUCCUCAAGAACGGCGACACGGUUGACAUUGAGAUCGAGUGGGACCAGGAGAUGGACUGCGACAGCGUCAACCAGGCGCUGUCGGACCCCGAGGCCCUCAAGUCUACCGUCCAGCCGGGCGGUGCCGCGCCCAAGCUGGUUCCCUCGGGACAGUACAGCGGCUGUCAGACGAUUCAGAACCCCGAGGCGCACGAGUUUGUCGGUGCUGCUCCUUCGCGUUGGAAGUGGACUGGCCAGAUCCAGAACGCCGCCGAGGGCAUGUACCACCUCAGGAUCAAGCCCGUUUCCGCCCAGGGUGGCAACCGCACGACCGAGGUUACCGACCACCUGCUCUUCCGUGUUGGUAGCGAGCAGAACUCGUUCGUUUUCCCCGACGAGGACUAUGACAACUCGAUCUUUGAGGUCUCGGGCGGAUCGUACACCCUCAAGCACAAGGCUUGGGGUGCCGACAAGUUCCGCUAUUCGGCCGACUUUGGCAAGAACUGGACGCCUUGGACCGACAUGGAGGAGACGACCCAGCUGAACGCGACGGCUUUCAAGGACCAGUGGUGGAAGGGCGACCAUCUCAUGGUGCACUACUACUCGGCCCUCGGAGGAACGGCGGCCCAGGUUGUUCACGCGGAUGCCAACUAUGACGGCCCGCAGCGUCGCUGGCCGCAGAUGCUGCUCCGCGGAAAGUUCAACGGAUGGGGCUACGACCUCGGCAUGAACGCGCACCUGAAGCAACAGGACAAUGGCGACUGGAAGAUCCCCGUCGGCUCCGCCUGGCCGUCACAGUUCCAGCUGAACAUCUGGGCCUUUGACGACUACUUUUACGGAGACGCCGACGGAGACGGGGUCAUCGACCGCCUUCCUCCCAACUCGCUGACGCCCAACUUCCUCAACAUUUCGGCUCCUCCUCGUCCUCACCUGUCGUGGGAGAUCCACGUCAACGACAAGACGGGCAAGUGGUCGCUCACCCCGCUCGGCCACGAGAGCUCGUCGAUCAUCGUCUUUGCGCUCCUCCUCGUCAUCCCCGUUCUCACUGCUUUGGCUGCCGCCGCCAUUUUCCGCUACUCCUUCUACCAGAUCAAGAUCAACAAGUGGGGUCAGAAGCCCGUCAAGGAAUCGAGCUACUUCCCCAUUGUUGGAGGAGCCGCGCACCACGACAAGAAGGAUGGCGCCAUGUCCGAGAAGCACGGCGCCGGUGCGGUCGUCCACCACCACGAGAAGCUCAAGCCCCUCGAUCACCCGAUUGGAUGGCCCGAGGUUCCCUCCAAGCGCCGCAAGGUUCUUAUUGCGACGCUCGAGUAUGAGAUUUUCGACUGGCAGCUCAAGGUCAAGAUUGGUGGUCUCGGUGUCAUGUCCGGUCUCAUGGGCAAGGCGAUGACGGAUGUUGACCUGAUCUGGAUCAUUCCCAAGGUGCAGGACCUCGACUACCCCAUGGGCGAGUACGCCGAGCCCAUCGAGGUCACCAUCUUUGGCGAGCCGUACCUGAUCGAGGUUGAGACGCACCAGCUCGACAACAUCACGUACAUUAUUCUCGACUCGCCCGUGUUCCGUGCCCAGACCAAGUCUGAUCCCUACCCUCAGCGUAUGGACGACCUCAGCUCUGCCAUCUUCUACUCGACCUGGAACCAGGCCAUUGCCGAGACGAUCCGCCGCUUCCCGGACAUUGACAUCUACCACAUCAACGACUACCAUGGUGCCCUCGCUCCCCUCUACCUGCUUCCCCAGAUCAUGCCCGUCUGUCUCUCGCUGCACAAUGCCGAGUUCCAGGGUCUCUGGCCGCUGCGCACGAAGGAGGAGAUGAAGGAGGUGUGCGCGGCGUUCAACAUUUCCAAGGACGUGUGCUCCAAGUACGUCCAGUUUGGCAACACGUUCAACCUCCUGCACGCCGCCGCCUCGUUCAUCUCGCACCACCAAAAGUCGGUUGGUGUCGCCGGUGUGUCUGACAAGUACGGAAAGCGUUCGUGGGCUCGUUAUCCCGCGCUCUGGACUCUGCGUAACAUUGACUCGCUCCCGAACCCCGACCCUACGGAUAUUGCUGCCCUCGACGACAAGCAGGUCGACGUCGACAAGAUCCAGAUCGACGCCGACGCCGAGGCCAAGCGUCCCGAGCUCAAGCGCCAGGCGCAGGAGUGGGCUGGUAUCAGGCAGGACCCCAACGCCGACCUGUUCGUGUUCGUCGGUCGUUGGUCCAAGCAGAAGGGUGUCGACCUCAUCGCCGACGUCAUGCCUUCCCUGCUCGAGAAGAAGCCCAAGAUCCAGCUCAUCUGUGUCGGUCCCGUCAUUGAUCUCUACGGUCGUUUCGCCGCCGAGAAGCUCGCCCGUCUCAUGGAGAUGUACCCCGACCGCGUCUACUCCAAGCCCGAGUUCACUGCCCUGCCGCCGUAUCUGUUCUCCGGUGCCGACUUUGCCCUGAUCCCGUCGCGUGACGAGCCGUUCGGUCUCGUUGCUGUCGAGUUCGGUCGUAAGGGUGCCCUCGGUGUCGGUUCGCGUCUCGGUGGUCUCGGUCUCAUGCCCGGCUGGUGGUUCCCUGUCGAGUCUCCGGCUGCUCAGCACAUGCUGUCCCAGCUUACGAAGACGAUCAAGCUCGCGCUCAAGUCGACCCAGGAGGAGCGUGCGAUUCUGCGUGCCCGUUCCGCCGUUCAGCGUUUCCCCGUCGUCGAGUGGCGUCAGCGUCUCGAAGACUUCCAGCGCCGAUCGAUCCAGACGUCCCGUUCGCUUGCCGGAGAGCACGCGUGGAACUUUAACGGCCCUUCGCCCGACGGACCCAGCUUUGCGCCGCCCCCUGGCGACCCCGCCGCCUCGCUUGCUGCUCUCACCGCUCGCUCUGGAACGCCCGACUCGGCCAUGUCCCAGGACUACCCCGGUUCCAACUUACCACCUGGCGCUGCCAGCCCCGGCUCUGGCCUCCUCGCUCACGACUACCACCGUCGCUUCGAGUCGCCCAACAGGGAUUCGGGAGACUCGUACUUUGACGAUGGUGCUGACGACGUGUCGAGCCGCGGCCGGCCCAAGUUCUUCUCUGGCAUGGAUGAUGACCAGUCGAUCAUGUCGUCGGACCCGGGAGACACGACCACGGUCCACACUGGCGCCUUCGCCGACGGCGGCGGUGGCUCGAGCCACGCCUACGACAACUUCCUGGCUGCCGCUAACAGGCAGUUCGCCAAGAACCAGGGCAACAAGAGCGUCCCCGACCCGUUCAUGGAGCGUCGCCAGAGCUCGAUGAGCAUGAACUCGGAGUUUGCUCCCAGCCGGCCGUUCUCGAUCAACUCGCGUGUUUCAUCCUUCGACUCGAUCUCUAGCAUUGUCGACGAGAAGGGUGCUUCGUCCUCCAUCAACAAGGCCAUGGAGUCGUUCACAGACGCCGACGGCGAGGUCUCGCAGGCGUUCGUCCAGAAGCUGCAGAACCUGUCGUCGGCCAACUCGAAGGGCGACCUGUGUAUCGAAAAGUUCCUGAUCAAGUCGGAGAAGCAGUUCUUCAGCGAGAUGAAGCGCGAGAAGCUGACUGCCGCGUCGGUCCGUUCCCGCGACUCGUUCCGCGAGUCCAUGUUCCACUCGUCGCACUCGGGGGCCCCGCCUGCCGUCGACGGCUUCCGCCCCGAAUCGCCCGUCUACAACUCGAUGUCGGGCCACAGCGGCGAGGCGUACUCGUGGGAGAACCCGGGAACAUUCGGCGCCGAGGAGGAUAACGAAAAGCCCAUGACGCGCUUACAGGUGCUGAUGGACCACUCGAUCUGGGGAUGGCCGCUGUACGCGAUUGUCCUGUCGCUCGGCCAGCUGCUCAGCGCUACGUCGUUCCAGCUCUCGCUCCUCGGCGGGUCAAACACGCAGACGGCCGUCGACAUGUACAUCAUCUGUGCCAUCUUCGUCGUCGCCACGGUCUUCUGGUACACGCUGUUCCGCAUGCGCCCCUCGGUCUAUGUCCUCUCGCUCCCCUGGGUCCUGUUCGCUAUCGCCUUCUUCCUCGUCGGCUUCCCGUCGCUGCACGGCCCGUUCAUCCCGCCUCAGCAGUGGCUUACCAAGGUCGCGACGUGGUUCUACGCGAUGGCUUCUGCCGCCGGUUUCCUCUUCUUCGGCCUCAACUUUGGUGAAGAGGCUGGAGCCGCGACCGAGGUCUGGAUCAUGCGUGCGUGUGUGGUGCAGGGUCUGCAGCAGAUCUGGGUGUCGGCGCUCUGGUACUGGGGCUACACGCUCAGCGGCACCGACCCGGACAAGUACAUUCCGUCUGUUGCGAUCAUCUGCGUCGUCUGGCCGCUUGCCGCCGUCUCGCUCCUGUUCGCCGUGCUCAUGUACUGGGGUCUGCCCGAGUACUACCACCAGAUCCCGCCUUACGUGCCCAACUUUUUCAAGACGCUCGUCCGCCGCAAGCUCGUCAUCUGGUUCCUCAUCUCGGAGAUUCUGCGCAACUACUGGCUCUCGACGGUGUACGGCCGCAACUGGCAGUUCCUGUGGCAGGCGGCCGAUGUGCCCAAGUGGUCGAUUGUGAUCAUGAUCAUCAUCUUCUUCAUCGGCAUCUGGGGCCUGCUCCUCGGCAUCCUCAUCAAGUACUCGAAGGUGCACGCGUGGCUCCUGCCCGUGUUCGCCGUCGGUCUCGGCUGUCCGCGCUGGUGCCAGAUGUUCUGGGGUGUCUCCGGUCUCGGCCUCUACGUCUCGUGGGGCGGCGGCGCGGGUCCCUACAUCGGCACGUGUACGUGGCUCUGGCUCGGUGUCCUGGACGCGAUCCAGGGUGUUGGUCUCGGCAUGAUUCUGCUGCAGACGCUCUCGCGUCUGCACGUGUGUGCGACGCUGGCCGCGGCGCAGUUUAUCGGCUCGAUCGUUGUCAUGAUUGCCCGCGCCACGGCCCCGGACAAGACGGGGCCCGGAAACGUCUUCCCCAACCCGGCACUGUACAACCCGGAGACGGGGGAGAACAACCCCGUCGCGCACUACGAGUUCUGGAUUUGUCUCAUCUGCCAGAUGGUCAUUCCGUUCGGCUACUUCUUCUUCUUCCGCAAGGAGCAGCUCACCAAGCCGUAA